AUGGCUGCCCCUCCGUUCAAAGUCAAGGCGGUCUACGAAUACACCAGCGAGCAUGGCGACGAUCUCACCUUUCCCGUCGGCCAGGUCAUCACUGUCACCGAGCUCGAAGGCGACGAUUGGUACGUCGGAGAGUAUACAGACGUAACGGGCGACAAGCAUGAUGGGCUGUUCCCCUCCAAUUUCGUCGAGAAGUACGAGCCUGAGGUGCCGGUGCGCCCCUCUCGGCCUGGUGGCCGGGCGAAGCAGGAGGUUCAGCCCGCCUCUCCCACCAGCACGAGAGAGCCGGAGAAAGAGGAAGAGACACGUGAGAUCCCUGCUGCGAUCACGUCCCAACCAACUCAAUCCGCCCCACCCCCUGUGAGCGCGAAGGAAGAGGAGGUGAAGCAAUCCCCCCCACCAGCUCCGAAACCCACGCCAGCCGAACCAGCCGAGCCCACUCCCACUCCCACUUCUAGCAAAAAAGCGCCUCCGCCAGUUGCAGUCAAAUCCAACGCCUUCAAAGACCGAAUUGCAGCUUUCAACCAGCCCGCCGCCGCGCCCAUCGCUCCCGUCCAACCCGGCAGGCAGCAGCCCAGCAACUUCAUCAAGAAGCCUUUCGUUGCUCCCCCGCCGAGCAAGAACGCAUACGUCCCGCCCGCAACGAAAGUGGAGCCCGUACAUAGACCAUACGUACGGGAGGAGGAUCCCGAGAUCAAAGAAAGAGAGGAAGAGGAUCGUGCUGCCGCGGAGGCAGCAGGGUUGACUCACGAGCCUGCGACUGCGGCUCAAGGCGAGGAAGAUGAAGAUGCGCCGAAACCGUUGACACUGAAGGAAAGAAUGGCGAUGUUGCAGAAGCAGCAGCAGGAGCAGGCGGCGAGAAGAGCAGACGUUGCGAGCAAGAAGAAACCGCCUCAGAAGAAAGCAUCGGAAUCUUCCGAUGUGGCUGCCCCAGCUGAGGGAGAAGUGGAGGAUCUGGAGCGUGCGCGCAAUGGUGACACUGAGAGGGAGUCCUCUGAUCUAUCCCGAGAGAUGCCUCGCGUGCCAUCCUCACAGCGUCGUCCUCCCGAGCCUAUGUCGCCCGGCCCGACCAUGCCGGAGCACGAAUUGGUUAGCGAUGGACAUGAGGCGGAUCAGAGCGGUGCCGGAGAACUGACCGAGGAAGACGACACGGGCACUCUGGGACCAGACAGUGACGAACGGCCUGCAGAAACCCCGCGGCCGGUCGAGCGAGAUGCACCACUCGAAGGCGGCCAUGAGGAGGGUGCAGAGGAGGAUGAAGAAGAAGAUGAGGAAGAGGAUGAAGUGGACGAGGAGACGAGGAGGAAGGAAGAGCUCCGAGCUCGCAUGGCCAGGCUUGGAGGCGGUAUGCCUGGUAUGGGUGCGCCUUUCAAUCCCUUCGGCGCUCCGCCACCUGCACCACUGCGGAAGAAGCAGCCGGCGCGUGAGAGAGAGCCUGAAGAAGGCGCGGACGCCCAAGUGAUACCGCAAAUGGUCGCGGUACCAGGCAUGUCAUCUGCACCAAAGCCUCCUGCUCCUGAGCAAGCUGAACGAGCGGCUCCAGCUGAAGAAUCAGAGGAAGAUGAGACACCACCCGCACAAGCACCACCUCCGCCCAAGCGUGUGCCUACUUCAGGCAGAAAUGCACCUCCGCCGGUACCAAAAGAUUCUCGACCGCCAGCACCUCCCUCACAAGAGCGUGGUGCUCCACCUCCAGUGCCCAGCAACACGCGUCCAUCUGCUCCCGAAUCACGUCCCCUGCCGCCACCUCCACCGCAGCCUGUGACGUCCCCAGGUCCCGGCUCAGAGUCGGAUGACGAGAUGUCGGCAUAUCCUAAGAGCCCAUCCGCUGAGUCGUCUUCCUUUGCACCACCACCGCCUCCAGCUCGUCCCGGAGCUCCUCCAGUCCCGGGUACGAGAGAGGUCCCAAGCGACGAUCUAGGUUCCAUAGUAGCAGCAGAGAAGAGGUCGAGUCGAGCUGCGCCACCGGUUCCGGGCGGCGAAGGAGCCGGAUCUCUGCGACCCCCUCCACCACCGCCCCCGACACAGGCACCUCCAAGCCGCCAGCCGACAACCCAUGAGCUCGAUCAGGAUGAGCCGGUGGGGUCUGACUACGACGGUGAUUACGAUACCGACAUUGCAUCGAGCGCCAAACAUCGAGAUGCGCUGAAAGCUCCGCAUGUCCGCGAGGCGAGUCUGACGGACAACACAUUCGGGACCGAGUCGCCGCUCGGCUCUGCUCCGCCGCAGCUUCCCCCUACGUCGGCUCCCAGAGCUGUACCUCCACCUCCUCCCCCAUCACAAGCCGUUCCAAAACCGAGACCGUCAAUGGAUCGUCCGCCGCCGCCGGUCCCUCCGCCCAGGGAUGAGGAGCCAGACGAUGAGUACGAUCCCUAUCGACAUGAGGACAGCACUCGCGCUGUGCCUCCGCCGCCGCGAAGUCCCGCUCCUGGUGCAGCGCCACCUUUGCCUCCCCAGCGUGCACUUCCACCAGAGCCAACAGAGAGCUCUCCACCAGAGGCGUUUGCACCGUCACCUCCAUCUCGCAGAUCUACCGAACGUGCGCCGGGCGGCGCGAUGGCACAAGCCCUCGCAUCACCACAAGCGCCUGCACGUGCAUCGAGCGAUCUUCAGAGAGGCGCGACUACUAUCAGACGAUCCACUGAGCAGGCGCGACCAAGCGGCGAGCACGGCCAGAUGGCCAGCGACAUCAACCUCAGCACCGACACACCGUGGUGGACGGCAGCACAGCCGCUCCCAACCUCCCUACAAGACCGCAACGGCGUGGACAUCCUGUCGGAAUGCGAAGAAACGUCCAAAUCGAAGCGCGGCGGCAAGAAGGAAAUCAGCAAGGACAUCUACAUCCUCUAUAUGGACUACAGCCAAACCAUCGUGUCGGCGCGCUACGACUCCUCCGACCCGUCAGACGUGCAAUUCGAGCAGCGCCAUGAGCCCCCGCCUGCGCGCCUCCGACAGGACCAGCUGGAAGCAGCAUGGCAGCGCUUCGGCACCAAGAUUGCAGAAGCCGCGGGCGCCCUCGGGCACAGCAAGAAAGACGCGACGAUCGGCGACCCGACGUCACCCUGGAGCCUCCCGCUGGAACUCAUCAAAGCCCAACCCAAUGCUCUUUUGCCCGUGGGCACGCGCGCCUACGGCGCCCUGGUGUACGCCAACCUGGCCAACGCGUCGACGAUGCAGUACGACGAGAUCCGGCGCGGAGACAUCAUCACCCUCCGCAACGCGAAAUUUGAGGGGCACUCGGGGAGUCUGAAGACGAAGUACCGCAGCGAUUACGGACUCAACCACGUCGCGGUUGUGGAGGAGUGGGAUGGCACGAGGCGGUCAGUGAGGGCUUGGGAGCAAGGGAGAGAGCGAAAGGGGGGCGUGAGGAGCGAGAAGUUCCGGCUGGGGGAUCUGAGGAGUGGCGAGGUGAGGGUUUGGCGGGUGAUUGGGAGGGACUGGGUCGGGUGGGAGUCGUGA